AUGCCCCCAAAGCAAACAUCAGGCUCAAGCCGUGGCCGACCCAAGGGUACAGGCAAAAAAGCCACCAAAGCACCUGAGCCCGAGCCAGAGCGACGGUCACUCGACCCCUUCGAGAUCUCGGAAGACGAGGACCCCGCAGACUCUACCGAAGACGUCCAAGUCGUAGAGGAUGAAGAGCCCGAGCCGGAGAAGACGAUACCGCGAGAUCUUCUAACGCGGCUACUUCAUGAGUUCUUCGCCAAGGACUCGACUCGGAUAUCGAGGGACGCCAACGAUGCGGUGGGCAAAUACUUCGAUGUCUUUGUGAGGGAGGCGAUCGCGCGUGCGGCGGUGGAGAAGGAUGGGGGGUUCUUGGAGGUUGAGGAUUUGGAGAAGGUCUCGCCGCAGCUGCUCCUGGACCUCUGA